ACUUAUGUCAGCGUCAGCUUGUAUUUGUGUCUGUCAAGUCAAAUAUUGAUAUGGAUGUAAUUAAUGAACAGCAAGAGCAAACCAAUUCUGAAUAUAAACCAAUCACUGUAGAAAAUCUUGAUGUUGAUUUUCUCCCUAUUAUAUAUGACAUUAUUAGAAGUGUGGAACGAGACCCCCAUGAUAAUGCUCAGAAAAAUUCCCAGUCCCAGGACAUAAGCCAAAAGGUUAUCGAGCUUCAUAAAAAGUUGGAAGUUGCCAAAGAACAAAUCCGCAGACUUCCCGGAGUUGAAUAUAGCAAAGAAGAACAACUCGAGAAACUUGAAACUUUACGAAAACAGUUGCGAUUGAAGAGGGAACUUCUUCAGAAGUAUAGGAAUAUGUACUUACUUGACUUCCUAAAGCCCUAGAUAUUCUUUGGAUAUGAUAUUUCGUUUUCUUCUUCGUUAUCUGGCAAAUAACGAACAAUUAGUGAACAAACUAGCCGACUCGUAUCCUAUCAGAAGAGCAGCCAGAUUCUUCAUCAAGUUCAUAACUCAAACUAAAAGUGUAGUUGAUAGUGAAGUGGCCUCUGGUAGACUUAAAGACAUUAAUUUGUCACACAUGAAAAACCUUGCGGCUAAACUAGAAAACCAACUAAAGCAAAUAAAAGAAGAUUUAGAAAAACAAGUUAAGAAGUAGUAUUUUAUGAAGUAACGAAUGACUUUGGUACCGUAGUGUUUAAUAUUGUUUGUUGAACCUUUAUUUUUUGUGAAAUCUCGCAACGAUGAAGAGCCAUUCGGUGAUUUUUAUCGACAACCAGUGGUCAGAAGAUUACCCUGGGAAAAACAAAUACUCCAACAAUAGUUUUAUAGGAUGCCUUGUUAACUAUUUUACUGUGCCGCCAUGGGUUUUGCCGAAACGAAUCGCGUUGGCAUUCAUGCCACCUAUUCUAGGAGACAAGUCUAGACGAGUGUAUGUGGACUUUGUCGGACCGUGUCUUGCGAUUUUGACUCUAGCUGCUAUCUUGCACUAUGGACAUUCAUACAAAGUGCAAUCUGCAGCUUUAAAUACAAGCCCUACUGAAAUUUUGCUUUAUUAUUGCGCUAUUUUUCCUCUGAUUACGUUUGUUUUGGCUAAAUUAGGCCGUGCCACCCUUGGGUUCUUGGACAUAGCGUCUCUUCUCGGCUACGGUCUUUACGGUCACAUUUUUACGUUGGCCGUUUCACAACUGUUUGACCACGAAAGGAGCAACGGAGUGUUUUUCACCAAUCUGUUCGUGUUCGGAGGACUGAGUGGUCUUCGCAUUGCUCUCGUACUGUUAGCCUCCAUCCCUCGCCCAGCGUCUAGAUUACUAGUCUGCAGCACUGCCACCAUCGUUCAUCUAGUGUUUGUGAUUUUUGUCCACUUUGCUUACAUGCAUUCUACAUUUGUUUAUGGUUCUGGUACUGGUAAACACCAUAUAUGAAAUAUAGUCUUUUUGAAUUUUUUUGCCUUAAUUAAUCUGAUUUAAUCAGUGUAAAUUUUGCGACUUUCACCAUGUCAAUUUAUCUUUUGUCUACAAGAAAAAAUUCAACUUGAGAGACUUAUAACUCAAAAGUGUUUUACGUUUUUGUGGUGAAGGUUUUAAUUUUUAUAAAUUAAAUAGGGAAUUAGCAAACAUUCUUGUCAGUAAAAGUUAUGUGUUUUAUGUUAAUAUUUAUUUAGCCUUCCAAUUUUGCGUGAACACAGUUGAAUUGUUGUGUGUGUUUUCCUUGGAAUACUUGUAUUUUGGUAAACUGAAACAAACCUGAGGUAGUAAGGGAGUUGUUUAAACAUACUGAAAGUAGUUUGAACCUCGUUGAUCAAAUACAAUAUUGUGAUUAUAUUUGUGAAACUAUUAUUUAAUAUAACCAAUGAAAAUUAUUAUUUGUAUUACCUUUUUAAAUCUACUGUUUAAGUUUUCACUAACCUACCUUUUUUUGUGAAAGUGUUUGAUUUACUACCGUUAUCAUGGCUGUGUAGAUUUAAUCACAUUGUUUUAAUCUGUCAUUUUUUGUUUCUGAGUUGGAUAAUGAAUCGAAUAACAAAUAAAGUGAAUCCAUUUCACUGGUG